ACAGUAACCGAUACACGUCCCUGCUGGAGAUGAUGACUAAAACGAAUAGCCUACGUAGACUACAAACAAGAGGAGAGCGCGUGCCACUAACUUCCUCACAAUUUCUCAAACUCUCAGAGAGCAUAGAGGGGUAUAAUAUAUCGAAACAACAGUGUGGUGAUAUCGAGAAAUUAUUGUAUAACCUAGAUACAUUAUUUUAUCGAAGUCAUCGUCACCUUGCCGUUUCCAGUUUCCAGUUCCACCUUGUCAAUCUACUGCGCGCGAAUUCACAGAAGAUAGUUUAAGUGAAUACUUUUCAGGUUACUUUGUCUCAGGACCAAGUAUGCAGGUGUUGGGCCAGCAGGCUGGUGCUAACCUCUGGGUCACCAGUAGUCCCAUGGUGGUCCAGAGCCUGGGUCCAGUAUCUCCUGUCACGAGUCAGUCCUACACCUCUGUGCCUCUGGUAACACACCCCCAACCCCCACAAGGCCUGGUGGUACCGUACACAGAUACCAGGUCCUUGUUCUCCAGAGACUCCCUGGCAUCCACCACCCUGAGCCUAGCAGAGACCCACUCAGUUCUGAGUGGCAGACAGGAGUGGCCCUAUGGCUACCGGGUCCUUCCUCCACUCUGCCCACAACAGGGUUCCACCCAGGUCAGCAAGGGGGGUGAGCUGCUCAGCCUGCCCCCUGGCACUGCUAUGUCUGGGGGCACCAGCAUCUCCAACUCUGCCUCCCUGCCCUCCUACCUGUUUGGGGGAGAUGCCAACAGCCCCCGGCAGUACUCAGCCCACUCCAAAAAGAGGGCCCUCUCCAUCUCACCUCUGUCAGACGGCUAUGGCCUUGACUUCAACUCCAUCAUCCGUACCUCGCCCACCUCGCUGGUGGCUUACAUCAAUGGCUCCCGGAGCUCUCCAACCUCCCACCACACCCUUUCACCCCUCCAGCCUGAGGUCUAUGGCCACUUCCUGGGGGUGAGAGGGAGCUGUAUCCCCUAUUCUCAGACUCCAGGCCUCCUCAGCCUCACACCCUCCACGCUCGCUCUGACCCCACUGAGUGACCCCCAACCUGAAUUGGAGUGUGGCCGUAUGCAGAGGCUGGAGCAGGGCAGGACGCUGGAGAGCCAGAUGGCUAACAUGGUGGUGGAGCAGCAGUGUCUCCCAGAGGAGGGAAGAACACCACAGAGGGCUGCCAGUAACACUAAUGACCUGGUGCCAUCUCUACACUUUCAGCUUGAGUUGGCCACCAUCAUCAGAUCAGAUAGUCCACCGCAGGGCCCCCCACCUCCUUACCACUCUCACUACCAGCACCGCCAUCUCCAAAGACCUCCUAGCCACAUCCAGGGUCAGCCCAAGUCCCAGGGCCCUGUCUCUCAGCCCCCCCCAGCUCCCCCUGGGCAUGGGACCAGCCUCGUGCCCCAUCCCCUGUCCCUCUUCCCCAUGCUGGAGGAGGGGGAGCUGGAGGACUACAGUGGGGGGCACUGCUGCCGCUGGGUGGGCUGCAGUGCUGUGUAUAACCAAAAGGAGGAGCUGGUUAGGCACAUAGAGAAGCGCCAUGUGGACCAGCGGAAGGGCGAAGACUUCACCUGCUUCUGGGCGGUGUGUCCACGCAGGUUCAAGCCGUUCAAUGCCCGCUACAAACUCCUCAUCCACAUGAGAGUCCACUCUGGAGAGAAGCCCAACAAGUGCACGGGGGUUCCCUUCCCGACUGUCUCUCCUGUCUACUGUGAGUCAACCAGCCAGGGAAAUAGACAUCUUGAAUUUGAGGGCUGUCAGAAGGCUUUCUCUCGGCUGGAGAACAUGAAGAUCCACCUGCGCAGCCACACUGGAGAGAAGCCUUAUAUAUGCCAGUACCCCAGCUGCCACAAAGCCUUCAGCAACUCCAGUGACAGAGCCAAGCAUCAGCGCACACACCUGGACACGAAGCCGUACGCGUGUCAGAUCCCUGGUUGUGUAAAGCGCUACACUGACCCAAGCUCCCUGCGCAAGCACAUCAAAUCCCAUUCCUCCAAAGAGAGGCAGUUGAGGAAGAAGCUGAGGUCAUCUAUUGACAUGAGCCAAGAGGCAUUAACGGACUGUCUAACCAUCCAACCCCUGCUACCCAGCCUCUCUCCUCUGGACAUGAUUAACAGCAAGCUGGGCCAAUCACCAAUACCUUCCCUAGAUCUCUACACAGAUCUGCUGACCAGUGGGCAGUCUAGCCACUGUGUGUCUCUAUCCAUCCCUUUCCCUCGAGCUGUUCCACAGGGCCAACCCUCCUCAAACAGCUCACACCUGGCUCUGCUGCGCCCCCAGCAGGACAGUUAUAGGUUUGUUGAUAGGUCCACCCACCAACUCAACCCUGGGUCCCACCAACACCAACUGCCUGGCCCCUCCAGUCCUCACACUCACCAUCCUACUGUCUUAUCCCUAAAGACCAGCACACCCCUGAAUCAUCCCAGUCACACUCCUGUAGUAAACACAGACCAACACCCAGGUUUUAGUGGUCAGAUCCAGAUGGUGUACUCUCCAUUAUACAAUAAUGGUACACAUAAAUACACCAAGCAGACAAACUCCUGUCACCUGAUGGAGAUCCCAGAGUUUGAUGAUAGCCUUUCUCAAACAUUCCCAACUCAGAACAGACUAGACAUCUCCCAAAGAGCUCUGUCUGGGCUCACAGUAUAUGACCUGCAGGGUGCAUCACAGGAUCUGCUUGUUAACCCAGUGCCAGUGAUGUCAGAGGAUGCUUAUUUACAUGUCAGUGCAGUGGACCGUUGCCCUAGCCAGCUCUCCUGUAUCUACACUGAGGAGUGACGUCAGCAAAUCUACCUCUUUUCUAAAACAGAUACUCUGUAAUACAACUCGUGCAACAACUAUAUUGUUCUUCAGCAACAUGUUCCUUGACAUUGACCUGAGUGUGAUGCCCAUCUUGGGUGAGAACUGUAGACAAAAGGGGACAUUUAGUAGCUUUAAUUAAAUUGGCAAAAUGAACAUGUCCACAUCACUUAUUAACUGAUAUUAGUCAAUGAACAUUGUUUUCAUCAUGGCAAGUCAUGAUAAUUCUGACAUCUUAGAUGCUGUCUUCAUUCAAGUCAGUAUCAUCAGAUCUCAGAGUCUAAGCCCACAAUGAAAGUGCCUCCUAAAGAUUGUAUAUUGAGAUUUAGAGGAUGUUUUUAUGUUUAUGUUCUGAAAGAGCUGCAAAACCUGGACCCGUGCAAAUCAGCUGGGCUUGACAAUCUGGACCCUCUAUUCCUGAAACUAUCCGCCGCCAUUGUCGCAACCCCUAUUACC